AUGCCAGCCAAACAAAAAUUUUUAUCGUCGUCAGAUGACAUGGUGAAUUCGGUUGAAAUUGGUGAGGUAAUUGAAGUGAUAGGAUUGGUUGGAAGACACUUUCCCGGCUUCGGUGGCAUUGCAGUAGACUAUGGCACGAUAGCGGUUAACAAUAUCAAAGACGUGGCAAAGGCAAACCCGUUUAAUCGCGAAUUAUUUUUCCCUGAUCUCCCAGAUUAUAUAGUUCAUCUUCGGAAAGCAAAUCUAUCGUCUUGGGCGUUCACGCAACGACUUGUGGAUGUGCUUUUUGAUGACAUCGCACCACGCUUUGUAUAUCGAAAAAUCAAGUUAUUUCUUUUGUUAAGCCUUGUUGCAUUGUCCGAACGGAAACAAUCAAAGAAACGUGGCAUUUCUCAAAGUAUUCACACCAUGAUUGUGUGCGAUGGUUACAAUUCGAUUGUUCCCAGAAUGAUGCGUCGCAUGUCUGAACUUAAAAGGCAUGAAGAGUGGAUUCACGGCCUCGGUCAGAAGAAACAACCACUUUUUAUUAUUCAGGACAAACGAUCUAAUAAGGAAACAUUCAUUGAAUCAACCAUCCUCGCAGGAUCACGAGAUGGGAUUCUCUUGGUGGACCUGGAUUCACUGAUGAUGAGCAAAAGUUCGAAAUUGUCAUUGCAAAAUCAACAUCACACGAUAAGCAUUGACCCAAACACCUGUUGUUGGGGAUGGUCGGUCACGAAACCUUUCGUCGGAAAUGGAGGUAUUGACAGGCAAGGACCGAUCGAAGGAAUUUAUUCCAUAUGUAAUGACCCUAUUAGGCCAGUGAUAGACACAUUUGAUCUUGUGGUGCACCUAAAAGAAGUGAUCGAGUCAGAAGCAUGCAAUUUAUUAUUAGAUCAUUUGCUUGACGAAGCAAUGUCUGGAAUACAAAAUAAUCGUAGUCCAAAUUACGGAUUGUCAUUUGAUGGGUUGAAAAAGUAUAUUUCCGUGGCGAGCGGCAUCGAAGUCAAGUUAUCGACGGAAUGUAAAGAUCUACUUCGCAAAUACUUCCUGAUAACCCGCAAGCUCAAAGGAGCUAGCCAGGGGUUUGCUUCUUCAACUGCUCUGCUUGAGCAAGUUGUCAUUCCAAAACAACUAAAUGCACUACCAAAAUAUAAAUUGCUGUAUAUGAAGUUAUGCCUUCGUAGUGUAGGAAGCAUAGACGACGCGUUAGUUAGCAUAUUGAUGGUCGAAGAAACUUUGGUAUCAAAGUACGGAUCUUCGGCUUCAAUCCUCGGUUUCGUUUCACUUCCGGACGACGGAGAAAAUUUGCACAAGCUAUAUGCUGACCAAAAUUACGUCGACACCAAUUCAUUGUGUGAUUUCAACACCACCCGAAAAAGAUCCACAGAUAAUGACGAGAGCGAAUUUAUAUCUUACCUUCAACACGUAUCAAAGAUAGAUGAAGAAGAGAUGGUAAAAAUGUAUCAACAUUUAAUGCGCGUCUUGAGAUCAUUUUACAAUGAAAAUGGUGUCAACGAUUCCAUUAGCGAUUGCGGUAGUUGUAGUGAACUCGAUGAAAGCGAAGAUGAAAUGUGA